AUGGGAUCACUGUAUCGGUCAGAGCAGAUGCGAUUCUGCCAAAUGAUUGUCCAGAAAGAUGCCGCAUUUUCAUGUGUUGCUGAACUUGGCAAACAUCCUUAUGUUCAAUUUAAAGAUCUGAAUGCUCAUGUCAGUCCUUUUCAAAGAAUGUAUCUUCGUGACAUUCAACGCUUUGAAGAAUUGGAGCGAAAGUUGAGAUUUCUUGAUGUUCAAAUGCGUAAAGAUGAUAUUGAAGUUAAUGAUGAUGUUAACGAUGAUGAUACAUAUGAAGUACUGGAACCACAUGAACUCAAUCAACUUGAGGGGACACUGAUUGAUUUAGAGCGUGAUAUAAUCAGCAUGAACGAAAACAAUAUAAUUUUGAAACGAAAUUAUUUGGAGUUAAAAGAAUGGGAAGCAAUUCUGGAGAAAACUGAUCAUUUCUUCGAAGAAGGUAUUAGUGACGUUGCAAUGCAUGAAAUUGAAGCAGUACAAGAAGAUGCUGCGCUUGUACUCCGAAGUGGAAAAGAGCCUAUAGGAUUUUUGGCAGGUGUCAUUAAUCGUGAUCGUGUGAAUGCCUUCGAAAAAGUUUUGUGGCGAGCUUGUCAUAAAACAGCAUUUGGUGAAAUGUGCUCGAAAUCAGUCUUUUUGAUUUUCUACAAAGGUGAUCGCCUACGGAUUAUCAUUGAGAAAGUUUGUGAAGGAUUCAAAACUAAACUCUACAACAAUUGUCCGAAGAACAGUAAGGAUCGUCAUGCAGCAGCACGUGAUGUUAAAGCUCGCAUAUCGGAUAUGCGUACUGUACUGGGCCAAACUCAAGAGCAUCGGUAUAAAGUACUUCAGGCUGCUUCCAAUUCUGUCAGGCAAUGGCAAAAAGAGGUUCGCAUGCAAAAAUCAGUUUACUACACUUUGAAUCUCUUUACAUUUGAUGCUAUCGGUAAAUUUUUCGUUGCUGAAUGUUGGGUACCAUACGCUGACCUGGAAAAUGUUCGUUUGGCUCUUGAAGAAGGAGUGAGGAAAAGUGGUAGCAGUGUGAGACCUGUUCUGAAUCUUCUGGAAACUACCGAAGAGCCACCAACAUACAAUCGAGUUAACAAAUUCACGAAAGUCUUCCAGGCGAUCGUUGAUUCGUAUGGUACUGCCUCCUAUUUGGAAAUCAAUCCCGCUCCUUAUACAAUCAUAACAUUUCCAUUUGUUUUCUCAUGCAUGUUUGGUGAUCUUGGACACGGUAUUAUAAUGCUCCUUGCUGGUUUAUGGAUGGUACUUCGUGAGAAGAAUCUUGCUGCACGCAAUAUUAAGGAUGAGAUUUUUAAAAUGUUCUUCGGUGGUCGUUACAUUAUCUUACUUAUGGGCAUUUUUUCGAUUCAUGCAGGUUUCCUCUACAAUGACCUUUUUGCCAAAUCAUUUAAUCUAUUCGGUUCAAAGUGGCGCAAUCCAUUCCCUAAUGCGGAGAUCGAAUCCUGGAAUAGCCAAUCGGUUCUAAUGCAUAAAGAAAUAACGAUCGCUUUGCCGCCAUCACGAUCCUAUAUGCAUGAUACUGGACCAUACUGGUUUGGUGUAGAUCCUGUAUGGAAUAUGGCAGAAAAUCGAUUAAAUUUUUCAAACUCAUUGAAAAUGAAAUUAUCCGUGAUACUUGGAAUUGCCCAAAUGACAUUUGGAGUAUUUUUAUCACUGUUAAAUUAUAUAUACUUCAAAUCAAAAAUUGAAAUAUACACAGUGUUUAUCCCACAAAUUUUAUUCAUGCUUUGUAUAUUUAUCUAUUUGUGUGCUCAAAUCAUCAUCAAAUGGUUAUUCUUCUGGGUUCGAGAGGAAUACAUCUUUGGGUUACUUUAUCCAGGGUCAAAUUGUGCUCCUUCAUUGUUGAUUGGUCUGAUCAGUAUGUUCAUGUUCAAAGAUCGUCGAGUUGGUUUUCUCAAUGAGGCAAAAAUUGUUGCUCAAAAUGACAGUCAUGUUAUACAUGAGAAAUGGCCAGACUGCUACCUUAGCCAAUGGUAUCCUGGACAGUCAACUUUCGAAGCAUUUUUGGUUAUAAUAGCUGUAAUUUGCGUACCAGUUAUGUUAUUCGGCAAACCGAUUCAUUUUCUGCUACACCGUAAGAAGAGAAAUGCCAUUAGCGACAAUGCUGUUGUAUGGAUGAAUCAGGAAAGCGAGAAGGCAGAGAUAACUUUAAAUGAAAAUGGAAGUGGUUUAAGUAAAAAAGAUUGGGAAGAAACUACAUCUGAUAAUGAAUGUGAGGAAGAGUCUUUUGGGGACGUUAUGGUUCAUCAAGCUAUCCAUACAAUUGAGUAUGUCCUUGGCUGUGUGUCCCAUACAGCAUCAUAUCUUCGAUUAUGGGCUUUAUCACUGGCACAUGCCCAGUUAUCGGAAGUAUUGUGGGAAAUGGUACUUGUACGAGCUUUUGGCAUUUCUGGUAUUGCUGGUUAUGUCGCUGCUUACUCGAUAUUUUUUGCAUUCGGUAUUCUGACUGUUUCGAUUUUGGUACUUAUGGAAGGACUUUCCGCAUUCCUACACACACUCCGACUGCAUUGGGUUGAGUUCCAGUCCAAAUUCUACCUCGGACUCGGUUAUCCCUUUGUGCCUUUCUACUUCAAGGAUGUGCUAUUGAAAGCAAAUGCUGGUGAAAAAUAAGCCGACAUCUAACUAGCUGAAAUAGUACGAACUCAUCAUUAUUAGCGAUAAAUAAUCCUGCUCUUCACAUGAUUUUAUACUGAUGUUAAAAACGACAAUACUCAUUAUGACUAUCAUCGACAAGAAUUACGAAUUCC